CAAGAAUCACAUAUGAAUUUAAGCUAGCGUGCUAGCUAGCUUAGCUAAAGUGCUUCAGUGCGAUUUUCCUUUUUCUUUUUUGAGCUUUUUGAGGCAUUCGUCGAGGCUACAGGAACAGCGACGCCUGAGCGGAGAGUCAAAGCAUGGGUCCGAAAAAGACAGGAGCAACGAAAAGGAGGAGGAAAGAGUCUCUGAAAGGAGAGCAGGAGGAGGAAGAAGAGAAAAAGGUUGAUCACAGAGCAGGUGGAAUGAGGAAAAAACGUGGGAAUAACAAAUACAUUGGAGCUCAUAUGAGUAUUCAAGGUGGGAUCUGGAAAGCAGUGGAGUCCUGCAUAGAGAUGGGGGGCAAAAGUUUCGCUCUGUUUCUGGGCUCCCAGCGAACAUGGAAUCGGCCCCCACUGGACCAGUCGGCCGCAGCCAAGUUUCAGGAGCAACUUUCCCUUCAGGGAUUUGAUCCAGCUCACGUCCUGCCUCAUGGGUCCUACCUGAUGAACUGCGGGUCUCCUAAAAAGGACGUGUUUGAGAAGAGCCAGGCCCUGCUGAUAGACGAGCUCAGCCGCUGUAACCUCCUGGGCCUCAACCUCUACAACUUCCAUCCCGGCUCCUCGCUGGGCUCCAUCACGACUGAGCAGUGCCUGGAGAAUAUAGGGAGGGCCAUUAACCAUGCUCACCGGCAAAUACCUACUGUGGUUACAGUGUUGGAGAACAUGUGUUGUCAGGGUAACACGGUGGGCGGCAAGUUUUCUGAGCUGAAGGGCAUCAUCGACAAAGUGAGAGACCAGACCAGGGUUGGAGUGUGUCUCGAUACCUGCCAUGCUUUUGCGGCUGGAUAUGACCUGGCUGCAGAGGGAGGCGUGAAGUCCAUGCUCGAUGAGUUUGAUCAGGAAGUGGGGCUCCACUAUCUCAAAGCCAUCCACCUCAAUGACUCCAAAGGUAAACUGGGCUGCAACCUCGAUCGGCACGAAGACAUCGGCAAAGGUCACAUCGGCGUCCCCGCUUUCCGAGACAUCGUUAAUGAGCCCAGACUCGACAAUAUCCCUCUGAUCCUGGAGACACCUGGACGGCCAGGAUUUGAGUAUGCCGAGCAGAUUGCAUUCCUCUAUUCCCUCUGUAAGAAUAAAUAAAAAAGAAAAUGCACUUACUGAUGAAUUAGCACUUGCAAAGUGAAGGUUUUAUAACCACAGCUCUAUAAUCUGAUAAGAGAAUUGAUGCGUUUGUCGAGGACCAAAGCUGUUAGGCGUGGACACCGACCGCUAAACCCCCUUAAACACACUCAGAAGUUCUGCUCACAAUGUGAAACGUUUUGUCCAGAAAAUCAGUUUUCUCCUUGAAUGAACUUGCGUUGAAUAAAAUUAAUAUUCAUGUGGUUGCAAGAGUGUGACUUGUUCAGAGUUGACCAUUAGAGGGCAGCAGAAAUACACAAAUGCAGCAUUUUAGUGUCAUAGGAUGCAGGCAGAGGUGGGGGGGAGUCUAAAAAUCAUACUUUCAUGCCCAGUUUAUAUUGUAUUUACAUAUGUAUGUAUUUUAUAUACUGUAUGUAUAUUAAACAAUGUUGUAGUCGUCA